AUGCAGUUUAUCACCGUCAUCAUUGCUACCUUGGCCGCCGUUGCCUCUGCCUCCUCCUCCGACUUUGAGAAGCGCUCUUGCGUCUCCGACUCUGCCUCCUCCGCUUCCGACUUCGAGAAGCGCUCUUGCGUCGCCAACUACGAAGUUGCCUGCAACUCUGAGAACGCCUGCUGCGACAGCUGGCAGUGUGUCGGCGCCACUGAAUGGAACGCCGGUGUCUGCAUCCCUAACUACUAA